UCUCUCUUCAUUUUGCAUAAGCGGAUGUACUGGUCAUGAUGCAAUGUGGUUGCCUACAGGGCUUGGGUGGGGGUUGUUUGGGUUUUGCAAUAACAAGCGGCCUCGUCUGUCUCUGCUGCUGUGUCUGGUGUGUGUGUGUGUGAGGCUGGUACCCUGAGCACACGGUGUGUGACUGCCUUGUUAAAGGGCUCUGCAUCUCCCCAGUCCAUGGGGAACCUCCACUCAGGGGUGAAAGAGUGUCUGAGCUCUGGCUUGGGUAAGGACUGGUUUAACCCCUUUGGUGACAACCUUCCAAUGACACAGAAUUAUGUUACACCAGCCCUUCCUGAGCACGUCAAAAUCGUUGAAGUUGGACCAAGAGAUGGCCUACAGAAUGAAAAGGAAAUUGUACCAACUGAAGUGAAAAUCAAGUUGAUCGAGCUUCUGUCAGACACAGGAUUAUCAGUUGUUGAAGCCACCAGUUUUGUAUCUCCAAAGUGGGUCCCACAGAUGGCAGAUAGCACAGAAGUAAUGAAAGGAAUACAGAAACGACCACAUGUACAGUACCCUGUAUUAACACCAAACCUCCAAGGCUUUCAUGCUGCAGUUAAAGCGGGUGCAAAGGAAGUGGCCGUCUUUGGAGCUGCCUCUGAAACAUUCAGUAAGAUGAACAUUAAUUGCUCCAUUGAGGAAAGCAUGCAAAGAUUCGAGAAGGUGAUCAGUUCAGCAAAAGACGCUGGCAUCCCAGUUCGAGGGUAUGUAUCCUGUGUAAUACAGUGUCCUUACGAAGGAAAUAUUGAACCAACAAAAGUAGCAGAGGUUGCCAAACGGAUGUACAGCAUGGGUUGCAAUGAGAUUUCCUUGGGGGACACGACUGGUGCAGCGACCCCUGGAAGCCUGAGAAAACUGCUGGAAGUGGUGAUGAAAGAAAUUCCCAAAAGUGCCCUUGCAGUUCAUUGUCACGACACCUACGGCCAGGCUCUGGCUAACAUCUUGCUGGCCUUACAGAUGGGGAUCUGUGUAGUGGACUGCUCUGUUGCUGGACUUGGUGGCUGCCCUUAUGCUAAAGCUGCUUCCGGGAACGUUUCUACAGAAGACGUAGUAUACAUGCUCAACGGCUUGGGCAUCCAUACAGGAGUAGAUUUAUGCAAGUUAAUGGAAGCGGGACACUUUAUAUGUGAAGCUCUUAAGAGGACAACCAAUUCAAAAGUGGCCGAGGCCUGUUACAAGACGUCAUAGGUCAGACUAGAAACACAAGCAUUUUAUGCUACGAGCACUUUUAAGCCAUAUUGGUCGAUGUUAAAUGUUCAUGCUAAACUCAUUCUUGUACUGGGGAUGCUUUGCGAUAACAUGUCACAGACCGUGUUUUGGUAGCUCAUGUUUGCUGCAUACCCUGUCUGCCCCUUAGUGCACAGCCAAGACCUGGACAGCAGAGCAAAGCUGAGCGUGUGAACCACCAUUGUUAGCUGUCAGCACCUAUCUACUAUAACUCGUCCACCUUCCAGCAGCAGAGCCUGGUAGUAAACAUCACAGUGCAACCACUGCAGACACUUUCUUGUGGACACCAAUUACUCUUCAUACAGAUUUACCAUUAGAAUGAAGGACUAUCAAUUUCCCACUACAUCCCAUUGCUACCCGUGGAUAUGUACU